CGCCACAACGCUAACCACACAGCUGCAGGGUUGUAGCAACGUUUGCAAAAAAAAACACGCACGUUCUGUGUCAAAUCAAUACGAAAUCAACAAAAAUCAAUCGAUUUUCGCGAAACAAGCGACACAAAACGCACGUCGAUUUCAUUACAACUAACAACGCAUAACAUAACGACGUGCUGUGCACUGUACUCUUGCCCGCUUGCCAAACCAAAACCAAACGAAUUUGCUGUGGAAAAUUUUUUCGGAAAGAGAAAAAAAAAUUUGCGCGUCGCAAGUCUCGCUUCUAUAGCGUCUGUGUGUGUUGUCUCCCUUGCUGUGUGCGUGUGUGUGUGUGCGUGCGUUUAUGUGUUGUGUCUGUGUGUGUGUGUGGCGUCCGCGUGCAUUUCUCACGGUCUACAAUUGUCAAUUAUAACGCGAAAAUAUUGUGAUUACUUCCCCCUCCAAAUAAAAAUAAUAAAAUAACCUUAACUCACUAAUAAAUAAAAGCAAAAAAAAAAAGCAAAAUGUCCACAAGCAGCGCCGUAGUCGCUGCCGCCGCCGAGCAGAACAAUAAAUGUGCUGCCGCUGCCAACGUCGCUGUCGCUGCCACGAACAGCGUCGCUGCGGCGCUUUGUCCGCUGAGCAACUGCCAAUUUACGGGCGUCGUAAUCAGCGCCAUUUCCGAUGAGCAGAAGCUGGAGUUCAACAACAUAUACAAGAGCAGCUGUACGCUCAGCUGCAGCUACGAUUCCCAAGGCGUUUUGCUGCGCAUCAUGCUAGAUAAUGAUCUGGGACGUGUGCUAAAGGAAUACAUGAUAUCAGCGGACACGGAUGCCGCACAACUCGGCAAACGUUGUUACGCCAUUUCGCUGGAUGCCGAGAAUUUGGUGUUGCGCUUCAGCAGUGAUCAGGAUCAGCUGCUCUUUCGCAAAGUCGUCGAGAAUGUGAAGCACCUGCGCCCCAAGUCUGUGUUUUCGCAACGAACUGAAGAGUCUUCGGCCUCGCAAUACUUUCAAUUCUAUGGCUAUCUGAGUCAACAGCAGAACAUGAUGCAGGAUUAUGUGCGCACCUCAACGUAUCAACGUGCCAUACUUGGCAACUCGGUUGAUUUCCAGGAUAAGGUUGUGCUCGAUGUGGGCGCCGGCUCGGGGAUCUUAUCCUUCUUUGCUGUGCAAGCUGGCGCUGCCAAAGUAUAUGCCAUUGAGGCAUCGAAUAUGGCGCAAUAUGCUCAGCAGCUGGUGGAAUCGAAUAAUGUGCAGCACAAGAUCUCAGUGAUCCCGGGCAAGAUUGAGGAGAUUGAAUUGCCCGAGAAGGUGGAUGUGAUCAUCUCUGAGCCCAUGGGUUAUAUGCUGUACAAUGAGCGUAUGCUCGAAACGUAUUUGCAUGCGCGUAAAUGGUUGAAGCCACAUGGCAAAAUGUAUCCAACGCAUGGUGAUUUGCACAUUGCACCGUUCUCGGAUGAAUCGCUGUACUUGGAGCAGUACAAUAAGGCGAACUUUUGGUAUCAAUCGGCGUUUCAUGGCGUCGAUCUGACCACACUGCACAAGGAGGGCAUGAAGGAGUAUUUCCGUCAGCCCAUUGUGGACACUUUUGAUAUGCGCAUCUGCAUGGCAAAGUCGGUGCGACAUGUGUGUGAUUUUCUCAACGACAAGGAGGAUGAUUUGCACGUAAUUGAUAUCCCGCUUGAGUUUCACAUAAUGCAGACUGGAAUCUGCCAUGGACUCGCUUUCUGGUUCGAUGUUGAGUUCAGCGGCAGCAGUCAACACGUCUGGUUGUCCACCUCGCCCAUUGCACCCUUGACGCAUUGGUAUCAAGUGCGUUGUCUGCUGCCCAUGCCCAUCUUCAUUAAGCAGGGCCAAACGUUGACGGGUCGUGUGCUGUUGGAGGCCAAUCGUCGGCAAUCGUAUGAUGUGACCAUUGAUCUGCACAUCGAGGGCACGUUGAUAUCGUCGAGCAAUACUUUGGACUUGAAGAAUCCGUAUUUUCGGUACACGGGGGCGCCGGUGCAAGCGCCGCCGGGGACUAAUACUCAGAGCCCAUCGGAGCAGUAUUGGACUACGAUGGACACCACGCAGGGCAAUCGUAAUUCAACUAGCAUGCUGAAUGGCAGUCUGUCUGUUAAUGGAAUGGGAGAUGCUGGCAUGGACAUCACCCAUGGUCUAAUGCAUCCGCACUAGGAACAACUUGCUACUGCUGCAGCUGCUGAUGAUGACAACAAUUUCUACAACUUGUUAGCUAAUGCCUGGAUUGCAAACUAAUUUAGUAGAUCGCAGAUUGUAUUUAUUAUUUUAUGGGGUCUCAAUUUUUGUUUUGAUAUUCCGAAUUUUAGAUGCUUUUGUUUUUAUGUUUAAUUUAUAUUGUAAUUUAUUUAUUUUGCAAGCAGUUGUUCCCCCAAGUUCCAG